AUGUCUCUCAGAGGCACCUGCCACACUUGGCCCAACUAUACCAUCCACUUCUACGCCGGACUACGGCACAUGGAGGAUAGCAGUGUGUCUCUGUCUCCUAUAAUGUUGGCAAGUGUAGUCAUAGGAUUUAUCAUCACCAUCUCCUGCUUCUUCAUCAUCCUGGUCAGCGUGUAUCCCAAGAAGCCCUGGGACCCUCCCCGCCACUACCACCACUACCUUGGAGACCCCCAGGAUGACCAAGACUCCCAGGAGCGCCCCCGCUGCAGGGGCGGGGUGCACUGCACCUGCGGCCUCAGGGGAGACCGGCUCGCAGCCUCAGGCUGCUUUCACCAGGAUGCUCCACCAAGCUACGAAGAGUGCACGGGGCCCGGGGCCACUCAGCUGUACCUCCCCACGGAGGCGCCGCCGCCCUACUCGCCGACGGACAGCGACAGCGACCUCCACACCGUCUCCGUGGAUGCCCUGCCCCCUUACGAGGCUGUGUGGGCGCCUUGCCCUCCACUGAGCUGGCUGCCACUGCAGGGCCCAGAGCCGGAGCCAAGCAGCCCCCAAGGCCCACCGACCCCAAAAGGAAGCCGGGCUUGCAGCCCAGAGAUGAUUGUGUGA